AUGUCUGGCAUUGAGGGCUUGAAGGCGAUUCCGUCAAUUACCAGACUCAGUAACACCGUAGUGAGGAUUCUGGGACAGAACCCGGGGCAGUACACUUUGCAGGGAACGAACACCUAUCUCGUCGGAGAGCACAACCCAUACAUCCUGGUUGACACCGGCCAAGGCCUAGAUGAUUACAUACCGCACCUCCGAGAAGCCUUGCAGGAUCCCUCUCGUACGCAUCGCUCAGGCGAGUCAGAUAUCUCGGAUAUCAUCUUGACGCACAAGCACCACGAUCACGUCUACGGCUUACCUUCGGUCCUGACCAUGCUACGCCAACUAUGGUCAGAGAAUCCGAGCACUUCGUCCCUCCCAUACCCACCUCCUCGCAUUCACAAGUUCCCGUUGCCCGCUCCCGGCUCGAUGUUCCAGUCCGUCCUCGAGUCGGUAUCAUCGCUGCCUCCAGACUACUAUGUACCUUCGCCCUCCGGAGAUCCCGUCCACCAACUUCAGGACUCGCAGGUCUUCCAGGUUACAACUUCCUCCGCUGACGCGACGAGUUCCGUUUUGUGCGUGCUGCAUACCCCCGGCCACACUGAUGACUCUCUCUGUCUGUACUAUCCGGAGGAUCGCGCUUUGUUCACUGCGGACACGGUCCUCGGCCAUGGCAGUUCCGUCUUCGAGGACCUUGGCAAGUACAUGUCCAGCUUGCGCAAGAUGAUCGACUUCGGGGUAGAAGGAUCGAAGUACGGACGCGUGUAUCCAGGGCACGGGCAUGUCGUGGUGGAUGGGCUGAAGCACGUCAACAUGUACCUGAGGCAUCGGACCACUCGAGAGGAGCAGAUCCUCGAUGUGAUGAAGAAGUCUGCUCCGCCAAACGAGUACUGGACGACAUGGACAUUGGUUAAGACCAUAUACGCGGACUAUCCACGGGAGCUGUGGGAGGCCGCCGCUAGGAGUGUUGAUAUGCAUUUGCGCAAGCUGGAAGGCGAGGGCCGCGUGCAGUUUAAGAGCGGAAAAGGCGAACAUACAGAAUGGGAAUUCAUACGCUAG